UGGGAAGACUCUGCCUGAAGCACUUGAUUACAGCACUGUGUGGCUGCAGACAGUGCCUGGAGAAAUAGACAGCAAAAGUGGUAUUCCACCUUCUCUUGUAACACUACAAAUUAAAGACUUUCUUAAUGGACCUGAUCUCCAAACAAGAACAGAAAAAAAUGGAUGCAUUUGACGGAGGCAUAACUGAAACCUCAUCUCGGUACAGUGGUGCGCAGGACAGUGGAAUUGGCAGUGACAGCGUUAAAAUCAGAAUAGUGCAAAUAGAGCAGCAUAGUGGGGCCAGUCAGCACCGCAUUGCCCAGCCCUCUCGCCAGUCAUCAAUUGUGAAAAACCUAAAUUUUAUUCCCUUUGACAUAUUUAUUACUGCAAGUAGAAUCUCACUAAUGACCUACUCCUGUACAGCCUUACCCAAUUCAAAAUCACAAGAACAGAAGGAAGAUGAAAAAACAGGCAAGGGUUCAUUAAAUUUUCCAGAAGUUGAUUCCGAUGUUGCUAAGCCCGACCAGGCAUGUAUUUCCACAGUGACAGCAGAAGAUCUCUUAAGCAGUAGCACUCCUUUUCCUUCAAGGAAAAAAAUAGGAGUUCUUUCUCUUGAAAGUCUUCAUGCAUCCACAAGGUCAUCUGCUAGACAAGCACUUGGCAUAACUAUCGUUCGGCAGCCUGGUCGAAGAGGAACUGGUGACUUACAGCUAGAACCAUUUUUGUACUUCAUUGUGUCCCAGCCUUCCUUGCUUCUAAGUUGUCAUCACAGAAGACAGCGAGUGGAAAUAUCCAUUUUUGAUGCUGUGCUUAAAGGGUGGCCUCUGAUUACAAAUGUACAGUGCAGUACUGUUGUUUGA